AUGGAUAACCCCAAACACCCCGAAAAGGCCAAGAUCAGCCAGGAGCCUGAUCUACAGCCAGAUGCGAUAGCCGGGAAUAUGGACGUGUAUCAUAAAGUCCCAAAAGGAUAUCGAAUUCUCGGACUCUUUACGCUUCCUGCCUACCGCGCCCCGAUCACACAAUGUGUGAUUAUCGCUAUCGUGCACCUUGCAGUUGUAGGCAUGUUUAACGUUUUAUCUGCACUUGGCGGGGGAGGUCAAAUAGACCCUACAACUAGUAAUAACGCCAACACAAUCUUGUAUAGUCUGUUUUGUGCAUUUGCGUUGGUCUCGGGUUCGGUGUGCAACUUUCUCGGGCCCAAGAUCACUCUUGCAACGGGCGGCAUCGGGUAUUCCCUUCUGUCGGCUUCAUACUGGAGCUACAACAACAAUAUGAAUCAGGCCUUUGUUUACUUUGGAGGUGCCACGUGUGGAGUUGCAGCUGCAUUCCUUUGGACUGCAGAGGGAUCCAUGAUCAUGUCACUGCCGUUGGAGAAAGACAAGGGGAAAUACGUGGGAAUCUUCUAUGGAGUCUCAUUCUUCGGGACUGUAGUGGGUGCCAUCAUCCCUACAGUCGAAAAUUGGGGGUCACAACGGCCGGAAGCUGUGGUGGCAUGCUUUGUGUCCGAUCCAUCAAAGGUUAUUCGAAAUGAUGGAUCUCGCGUUAUGAUUCCGAGACAGACUAGCUUUGUUCAAGAACUGAAGAACGUGUGGGUUGUUGUCAAACGGGAGCCAUGGAUCAUCUUGUUUUUUCCCUACAGCUUUGCUGGACUGUGGUAUAUUCCUUACCAGAGCAACGACUUCAAUGCCUACUUUUUUGACCUGCGAACUCGCGCGUUUGGCAGUCUCUGGUUUGACUUUGGCCAAUUUGUCACGGCUGUGAUUCUGGGACUCUUGCUUGAUUAUACAAAGCUGGGGGGUCGGCGUCAACGCGCCUUUAUAGGAUGGUUAUUCCUGUUUGUUUUGAUUAACGCAGUCUUUGUUGGAGGCGUCUUUCCUGCUCGCGAGUCUCACCGGGGACGCCCUCCGGCACAUCUUCUUGAUGUCCAUGACUCAAGAGCGGCGGGAUAUAUUGCUCUCUAUACAUUUUACGGGGCCGUCGAUGGUGCAUGGCAGACAUUUGCCUGGUGGAUCAUGGGCGCUCUCUCAAACGAUCCGCUGGUCUUGUCUAUAUAUUCGGCAUUUUAUAAGGUUUUUGGGGCGAUGGGAGCUGCCAUCGUAUUCAGUCUGGAUGUUCAUGAGGUUAGCUAUCAGGCCAUGUUCGGAAGCUAUUGGGGUCUGUUGGCUGGAUCUAUGGUUAUUUUGAUGGUCCUCAUCUAUAAGCGUGUUCAAGACACACUUAUACUUCCGGUCAUUGAUUCUACGAAGAAAGAAGAGUCAAUUAUCAAUGGCAUUUGA